UGGUACGUAAGUUGAAACGUCUUCUCCUGACACGUGACCCAGACCCGGAACUCGGUGACGUCCCAGAACAACAAAGAUGGCAGGGAUAGGAAGCAGCAACUACUGGGAAGAUCUGCGAAAGCAGGCCAGACAGCUGGAGAAUGAACUUGACCUGAAGUUGGUCUCCUUCAGUAAACUGUGCACCAGCUACAGCAGCUCCAGGGAUGGACGUCGAGGAGACUCGUCAGACACCACCCCAUUGUUAAACAACUCUACCCAGGACAGGAUGUUUGAAACCAUGUCAGUGGAGAUUGAACAGCUGCUGGCCAAACUGACAGCAGUGAAUGACAAAAUGGCGGAGUACACCAACGCACCGGGCACAGCUUCUCUCAAUGCUGCACUCAUGCACACACUCCAGAGACACAGAGACAUCCUACAGGAUUACACACAUGAAUUCCACAAAACCAAAGGCAACUUUUUGGCCAUACGGGAAAGGGAAGACCUGCUAGGAUCUGUAAGGAAAGACAUUGAGACAUACAAGAGUGGCUCCGGGGUCAACAAUAGAAGAACGGAGCUUUUCCUAAAGGAGCACGAGCACCUGAGAAAUUCUGACCGUCUGAUGGAUGACACAAUAAGUAUUGCCAUGGCGACCAAGGAGAACAUGACCUCCCAAAGGGGCUUACUGAAAUCCAUACAGAGCAGGGUCAACACGCUGGCCAACCGUUUCCCAACCAUCAACAAUCUCAUCCAGCGAAUCAACCUGCGGAAGAGGCGGGACUCUCUCAUCCUCGGCACAGUGAUCGGCGUCUGCACCAUUCUCCUCCUGCUCUACGCUUUUCACUGAAAGCACCGGCCUGGUGAAAUCUUCACAGGAGCAGGAUUGAUCUGCUCUUUUAUAGAGUGGGAACCCCAGGAGACCGAGCUCAGUGAUUGGAGGACCCUGGAGGCUUCCUGAGCUGAAGGACAUUCAGUUGGUCCAGUUCUUGAAUGGGAACAACAUUUUGGCCAACAUGAACUACUGAACUUGUAUUGAGCUGUGGGACAGAUGGAGGGCUAGUGGUUGGGUGCUCUUCUGCCAACAAAUAAAACAAGAUUUUAAACAAUUAUAUUAAUAACUUGCUCGGAGAGAGACUGAAGGAAGUAUGAAGAGACUGUGUGAUGUAUACUUUUUUUCACAGGUGGAAGGAUUUUUAGUUGAAGGGUCCAUUUUAAUUGAUGGAGUAGGAUGGAUAAUUCAUUGUGGGCUGUAAAAUGUGAAUUAAUAAAUUAUUCAUAUCAGUAUGUGCAAACUAGUGUGUGACACUACUACAUACUGAACAUCUAAA